AUGCCCCACAAGUUCACAGCUGAUCAACUUGCUCUUAUUAAGGAUCUCGGGCCAUAUGCCAAGCAUGCCAAGAGCAACCACACUUACACCGAGUUCGAAGCACGUGUGUUCAACCUGUGGUCCAUAUGCUGGCCGCUGAAGGCCAAAGACUUCGAUGACCAAGACUUCUUGGAAGCCUACUGGACCAUAGUCAAAUGGCUGAUAUGCAGCAGCACAUUCGCCAUCAGUUAUGAUGGGCUGCAUUCUCCUCCACCCCAAAGAAGGAGUGGGAAAUAUAUCUCUCCGUCUGCGAAGCUCGUUGUGGAAUUGCAAAGGAUACCUCCCUCAACGGUGGUCCCAGCCGUCCACGCCCUCGCUCGCCCAAUCGCUAAGAAAAGCACUGUCCAACAACCUUCCUUGCCCACCGAGGAUAAACCAUGA